AUCCCCCCUUGCCCCCCGCCAAGUAUGUUUGGGCUGGACCAAUUCGAGCCCCAGAUCAACAGCAGGAACGCUGGCCAGGGCGAGAGGAACUUUAACGAGACCGGACUGAGCAUGAAUGCCCACUUUAAGGCUCCUGCUUUUCACACGGGGGGGCCCCCUGGCCCCGUGGACCCUGCCAUGAGCGCGCUGGGCGAGCCCCCGAUCUUGGGCAUGAACAUGGAGCCAUACGGUUUCCACGCGCGGGGCCACUCGGAGUUGCACGCAGGGGGGCUGCAGGCGCAGCCCGUGCACGGCUUCUUCGGCGGUCAGCAGCCUCACCAUGGUCACCCGGGAGGCCACCACCCCCACCAGCAUCACCCCCACUUCGGGGGCAACUUCGGCGGCCCAGACCCGGGGGCCUCGUGCCUGCACGGGGGUCGCCUGCUUGGCUACGGAGGCGCGGCCGGCGGCCUGGGCAGCCAGCCGCCCUUCGCAGAGGGCUAUGAGCACAUGGCGGAGAGCCAGGGGCCGGAGAGCUUCGGCCCGCAGCGCCCUGGAAACCUCCCGGACUUCCACAGUUCAGGUGCCUCGGGCCACGCCGUGCCUGCCCCCUGCCUGCCGCUGGACCAGAGCCCUAACCGGGCCGCAUCUUUCCACGGCCUGCCCGCCUCCAGCGGCUCCGAUUCCCACAGUCUGGAGCCCCGGAGGGUGACGAACCAAGGAACCGUCGACUCCCUGGAAUACAAUUACGCGGGCGAGGCGCCCUCGGGACAUUUUGACAUGUUUUCGCCCUCCGACUCCGAGGGGCAGCUGCCUCAUUAUGCAGCGGGUCGUCAGGUUCCCGGGGGCGCUUUCCCGGCUGCCUCGGCCAUGCCCAGAGCCGCGGGCAUGGUGGGCUUGUCCAAAAUGCACGCCCAGCCACCGCAGCMGCCACCGCAGCAGCCACAGCAGCAUGGCGUGUUCUUCGAGAGGUUUGGCGGGGCCCGGAAGAUGCCUGUGGGUCUGGAGCCCGGGGUAGGCUCUAGGCACCCGUUAAUGCAGCCUCCCCAGCAGGCCCCGCCACCCCCCCAGCAGCAGCCCCCGCAGCAACCGCAACAGCAGCAGCAGCCUCCGCCACCCGGGCUUCUGGUCCGACAAAAUUCCUGCCCGCCUGCUCUCCCGCGGCCCCAGCAGGGCGAGGCUGGCACGCCCAGCGGAGGCCUGCAGGACGGGGGUCCCAUGCUGCCCAGCCAGCACGCGCAGUUCGAGUAUCCCAUCCACCGGCUGGAGAACCGGAGCAUGCACCCUUAUUCCGAGCCUGUUUUCAACAUGCAGCAUCCCCCUCCGCAGCAGGCGCCCAACCAGCGGCUGCAGCAUUUCGACGCGCCCCCCUACAUGAACAUGGCCAAGAGGCCGCGCUUCGACUUCCCGGGCAGCGCAGGAGUGGACCGCUGUGCUUCGUGGAAUGGUAGCAUGCACAACGGCGCUCUGGACAACCACCUCUCGCCCUCCGCCUACCCGGGCCUCCCUGGCGAGUUCACUCCUCCUGUGCCCGACAGCUUCCCCUCCGGGCCUCCCUUGCAGCACCCAGCCCCCCCGGACCACCAGUCCCUGCAGCAGCAGCAGCAGCARCARCARCARCAGCARCARCAGCAGCAGCAGCAGCAGCARCARCARCARCAGCAGCAGCAGCAGCAGCAGCAGCAGCAACAGCGCCAAAAUGCGGCCCUCAUGAUUAAACAGAUGGCUUCGCGGAAUCAGCAGCAGCGGCUGCGCCAACCCAGCCUGGCCCAGCUAGGCCACCCAGGGGACGUGGGCCAGGGUGGCCUAGUCCACGGCGGUCCGGUGGGUGGCUUGGCUCAGCCGAACUUUGAGCGCGAAGGCGGCAGCGCGGGUMCGGGGCGCCUGGGCACCUUUGAGCAGCAGGCGCCGCACUUGGCACAGGAGAGCGCGUGGUUCCCAGGCCCACACCCGCCGCCAGGAGACCUGCUGCCCCGCAGGAUGGGUGGUUCCGGCCUGCCCACUGACUGUGGUCCGCAUGACCCCAGCCUGGCGCCUCCCCCUCCGCCCGGGGGCUCUGGCGUGUUGUUCCGGGGCCCUCUGCAGGAGCCGCUGAGGAUGCCCGGGGAGGGCCACGUGCCGGCGCUGUCCUCGCCGGGCCUCCAGUUCGGGGGCAGCCUGGCUGGCCUGGGCCAGUUGCAGUCGCCUGGGGCCGGGGUGGGGCUGCCCAGCGCCCCUUCGGAUCGCCGGCCCCCACCGCCGGACUUCGCUGCGCCAGCCCUGGGGGGCCAGCCGGGCUUUCCGUUUGGCCCAGGGAGCCGGCAGGCCACUCCGCACAGCGGUCCCGGCGUGAACUCACCCCCAAACGCAGGCGGGGGCGGCGGCAGCUCCGGCGGCGGCGGCGGCGGGGGCGCUUACCCGCAGCAGCCGGAUUUCCAGCCCAGCCAGCGCACCUCGGCCAGCAAGCUGGGCGCGCUCUCUUUGGGCUCCUUCAAUAAACCCAGCUCCAAGGACAACCUGUUUGGCCAAAGCUGCCUGGCUGCGCUCUCCACGGCUUGCCAGAACAUGAUCGCCAGCCUCGGGGCCCCCAACCUCAACGUGACCUUCAACAAGAAGAACCCACCCGAGGGCAAGAGGAAACUGAGCCAGAACGAGGCCGACGGCACUGCCGUGGCCGGCAACCCGGGCUCGGAUUACUUCCCGGGGGGGACUGCUCCUGGGGCCCCAGGACCAGGAGGCCCAUCAGGGACCAGCAGCAGCGGCUCCAAGGCCUCGGGGCCGCCAAACCCGCCCAGCCAGGGGGACGGCACCAGUCUCUCUCCCAACUACACCCUAGAAUCAACGUCGGGGAACGAUGGCAAGCCGGUCCCCGGGGGAGGUGGCCGGGGACGGGGUCGCAGAAAAAGGGACAGUGGUCACGUGAGUCCUGGGACCUUCUUCGACAAGUACUCAGCGGCUCCGGACAGCGGGGGCGCGCCUGGGGUGAGCCCAGGACAGCAGCAGGCUCCAGGCGCGGCCGUCGGGGGAAGCUCUGUGAGCGACACGCGCGGGGCGCCCACGCCCCACGAGAAGGCACUCACGUCGCCGUCGUGGGGGAAGGGGGCGGAGUUGCUUCUGGGGGACCAGCAGGACCUCAUGGCGUCCCUGGACGGUGGGGCCAAAUCGGAUGGUAGUUCACCGCACGUGGGUGAGUUCGCCUCGGACGAGGUGAGCACCAGCUAUGCCAACGAGGACGAGGUGUCGUCCAGUUCCGACAACCCCCCGGCCCUGGCCAAAGCCAGCAGGAGUCCCCUGGUGACCGGCUCGCCCAAACUCCCUACUCGAGGGGUGGGCGCCGGGGAACACGGACCCAAGGCGCCCCCGCCCCCACUCGGCCUGGGUAUCAUGUCUACCUCUUCCUCGACCCCCGACAGCUACGGCGGGGGCGGGGGCACUGGCCAUCCGGGCACGCCGGGUCUGGAGCAGGUCCGGACCCCCACGAGCAGCAGCGGUGCGCCCCCACCCGACGAGAUCCACCCCCUGGAGAUCCUCCAGGCGCAGAUCCAGCUACAGAGGCAGCAGUUCAGCAUCUCCGAGGACCAGCCCCUGGGGCUUAAGGGUGGCAAGAAGGGCGAGUGUGCCGUCGGGGCCUCAGGUGGGCAGAAUGGAGACAGCGAGCUGGGCAGCUGCUGCUCCGAGGCCGUCAAGAGCGCCAUGAGCACCAUCGACCUGGACUCACUGAUGGCAGAGCACAGCGCCACCUGGUACAUGCCGGCUGAAAAGACCCUGGUGGACGGCGCKGACGAGGAUAAGACGCUGGCGCCCUGGGAGAAGGCCAAACCCCAGAACCCCAACAGCAAAGAAGCCCACGACGCCAUCAGCAAGGCCUCGGCCCAGCCCGGCAGCCACCUGCAGUGCCUGUCCGUCCACUGCACAGACGACGUGGGGGACGCCAAGGCCCGCGCCUCCGUGCCCACCUGGCGGUCCCUGCACUCGGACAUCUCCAACCGAUUCGGGACAUUCGUGGCCGCCCUCACUUGAGUCGCCGAGAGAGCCCCCUCCCCCCAGGCCCUCCCCUCCCCCCACCUGUCCCCACCCCGUUAGGAAAGGGCCACUAUGGCUGAGCGACUGGGUGGUUUUUUGGGUCUAGGUUGGUACCCGCUUAGUGGCUUAUGGACCCGAAAGGGUUGAUUUAAAGGGGCGGGGGAUUAAAAAAACCUCAAAAGUUUUCUUUUUUUUUUUCUUUUCUUUUUUUAAAGAAACUGCCACCUGUGUUACAGUGUGGACCCUGCCCAGUUAKCCCACUUCUGUUUCCACCUUGGUUUUUCCUGUAGAGAGCUCCCCGUUUCUCUGUAACCCUGGCCGACCCUUUUAGAUGACCUCUUUUUUUUUCCUUUAUUUUGUUCCUGAAGCUUCUGUGUCCAAGUAUUGUUAUUUCGUAAUAAGACAAGAGUUGCUUUCAUUUUUUUUAAAUUCUCUUUUAUUUUCCUCCCUCCCCCCAUCUCCCCCCCCCCUUUUGCUUAUUAAAAUGGAAAUCCUGGAGAAGAGUACUUUUGGAAUAUUGCCGGGUGAAGGAUUGUCAUCGCAAUAUUAUCUAUUGACACCCAACUGUCAUCAGCCAGACAGGAGCCAAACAAGUCAUACCCCUUAGGUAUUCCGCCUGCAAUUAUGUUUUGUCUGUUCCCUAAGAAAAUAGAGAGAUUUUCCUUCCGACAAACACUUCUGGACCCCGGGCUCAUCUUCAGUCUGGCUGUCCUGCUGGAAGCUGGCCCUCCCCGCCUGGAUCUGAGGGUGCGCCCAGCUGCCCUGGGAAGGAGGCCCUGCAGUGAGGUUUUUCUCUCCUUUUCUGGGCCUCUGCCUUAGGCCUGGGCUAAGCGGCUUCUGGUCUUCCCCCGGGGAUUCCAGGCCCAGGGACCUCAGGUGCCCACGGGGAAGCCUUUGUUCUUUCCUGGGGACCUAGGGGACUGGGUGUGUCCCCUUCUCUGCUCCUGUUCCCCCCAGCCAGUCCUGGGAAGAUGGGGCCCUUGCUUGGAGUCCGGGUCCUUUCUCCAGGGGUCUGCCAGCUGCCAGCCUGAUCCGGGCCUUUUGUUCUUUAGCCUUGGACUCCCUUCCUCCCUUUUGAUUUGAUUUCUAAAACUAGAGCCAUGUCCCCGUGUCUCAGGAGGGAACUGCCUCUACUGGGGCAGACGCUGGCGGUCACUGGAGGCCCAUGUUGGCAGGGACAGAUGGACACCUUGGGGUGCUGCUGACCCUUGUGAAAAGCGUUUGGGACUCGGGGUGGGGGGCACACCGAUUCCAGGGUGGGUCAGACGAGAAGCGAGGUGACAUCGCUUCAUUCAGAUGGUGACGCUCACUUUUAUUUCAGUUUUUCUUUGGCGAGUGGGUUUUCCAAAUGCUCCCUCCCAGGCCCCUGCCGGUGGGGUCCCCAGGGUUUACAGAUCCAGUGUCCUUUAACAAGUGGCCUGAGGCCGGGGCUCCCCGUACCACGCCCACAUUGUUGAUCUCAAAGAACUUUUCAGCCAAGGGACAGAAGAGCCCAGGAAACCCUCUGUGUCCCCUGUCCCUCCUCCUCGUUCCCUGGCUGGCCCUUGUGGCUGGGGUCUGGGCCCUCUGACCAAGGGCAGCCCUGGCCACAGGGGUGGACAGAAGCAGGUGGCGGGCGGAGGGAAGGCUUGUCCCCACCACGGGCUGCAGGACGAGCCAGGUGCUGGGCCACACCACCUCCGUGCCCCUGUUGGAGAGCUUGGGGUCGUGGUUCUAGACGGGAGCUGUUCUCCCUGAUGGCUUGAGGCCGGAGUCUCCCGACCUGUGUCCUGGACUUGGCCCCACCGGCCGCCUGCACGUGGCCAUCAGCCUGUGGUCCUUGCCAUUCUAGAAACUUCGGAAGCUUCCAACGUCCUCGCUCCCCACGGGCCCCAGAUCGGAGCAGCUUUUCGAACAGCCUUAAGCAAAAGGAUGUCAUUUCCUGUCCUUUGGUUUUCACUGGAAGAAUCAAAGCAAAUGACGAAAACACACGGGACUCCGCGCCUGCACCCGGCGCUCUGCGGGAAGGAGAGGGAGCUGUUCCUAUUGCACAUGUAAAAUAAGGAGACUCGACUCUGCUGUGUGUUAGGCAAUCCUGUCGUCUUU